GCCGCUCGCGACCUUUUCUCUAGAGACUUCGCCCUCGACCAUUGCCGCACUCCACCCAUCGCCAGAGCUCCGAGCCUCUGUCGCCGCGCCCUGCCCGUCACCGACGCCUGCUGCCGCUGACUUCCUCCUUCCGGCGAUCGGCGAACGCCGACGCUGCAGCAACCCGCCGCCGACUCCCUCCUUCCGGCGACCUGCAACUCCACCUCUGCAGCUGCCCGUUGCCGCCGGAGCUCCGAACGCCCGCGAGCACCACCGCGACCUGCAGCGCCCGACGCCCGCGCCUCUGGCCGCCCGUUGCCGCGCCUCUUCCCUCCCGUCGACGCCAGCAAUCUGCAGCGCCCGUCGCAGCAACCCGCGUCUCCGCCCGACGCCGACGACCCACCGCCACUCCCGGUUCCACGACGAGCCGUGCCUCCGUUCGACCUGCUGCUGGUCCUCCUGCAGCAACCCACGUCUCCGACCCGCCCGUCGCAACGUCUCCGCUCGCUCGUCGCUGCACCAUAAAGCCGUCGCUCCACUCCCUGGCAGCAAGCGAGCUGCGACCAACUCGGCUGCUUUCCCUGUCCCGGUGACGACGUUGCUGCUGCCCCGAGUCUUUGUACCUUUGCUGAUCUCUACCGAUCCAGUUGCUACUCCUUGGGUUGAGGACGACGGGCCACUGAUCUCGUUGUCCAGAACGAGCCAAGUCGCGUCCCUUCAGCGCAGCACACUUGCUGCUCCUACCGUGCCGGUGAGUCCGCUGCAAGCCCCGUCGUCUUGAGUUCAUCAACCCGACACCGGCCUGCUGCUGCUCUGCCCGCCACAGCCCGACCCCGACGUAAAUUUGCGAAUCCCAGGCGCCGGUCCCGUUUAGAAAAAUAAAAAUCCAAUCAAGGGCUUGAAAGAUGAACUCAAUGGCAGAGUCGGAGGCCGAAAUGCAUCUUCUCAUUAAGAAGAGGAAAACUAAUGCGAGUGGAAAUGCAGAGGGUGUUGAUACUGGUGCAUCUGGUUCGAUGACUGUGCCGACAGAAACUGAUUUCAUUGAUCUGUUCGUCUCCGACGAAACUAACAAUAAUGCACCGACCGGAAACCGCUACGAUGUGUUCUUGAGCUUUAGAGGCCUAGAUACUCGACAUGGCUUCACCGAUCACCUCUACCAUGGGCUCUUCACUGCUGGAAUUGAUACUUUCAGAGAUGAUGAUGAACUCCGCCACGGCGAGAACAUUAAACCAGAGCUUUUGGCAGCCAUUAGGAACAGUAAAAUCUCAAUCCCCAUUCUCUCUGUGAAUUAUGGUACAAGCAGUUGGUGCCUAGAUGAACUGGUUCAAAUAAUGGAGUGCAAAAAUAGUAACAAGCAAAUAGUGUUGCCUAUAUUCUACAAAGUGAAACCAGCUGAUGUGCGAUAUCAAACUGGGAGGUUUGGAGAGGCAUUUCAUGAGCGCGAGAGUCGUUUGCGUAAGAGGUCUUCUUUUGACCCAACGACUUUGGAGAAAUGGAAGUCAGCACUUGAUGAAGUCAGCACCUUGAAAGGAUACGAAGCCCUAGGAUAUGAAGCUGAGUUGGUGAAAUCGAUUGUCCGAAGAGUAUUGAGCGAAUUGAAGAAAAAGUUCGAAUUGGUUAUUUCUGAGAAUUUGGUCGGAAUUGAUAAUCAUGUGAGUAGGGUUAUGGAAUCCAUGGAUAAUAAAUCUCAUGCCACCCUAUUUGUUGGCAUCCAUGGAAUGGGAGGCAUUGGUAAGACUACUCUUGCUAAAGUCAUCUACAACAAGCUCUCCAAUCAAUUUGAGCAUCGUAGCUUCAUUGCCGAUGUAAGGGAAUCAUGGAAGCGUAAUGGCAUACAUUACUUACAAAACAAGUUAGUCAGUGAUAUAUUGAAUCAAAAAAAUGAAGUUCAUGAUCAGGAUGAAGGGACUAACUUCAUCUCCUCUAAGUUUAAAGGUAAAAAGGUCCUCAUUCUUCUUGAUGAUGUGGACAAUGUCGUUCAGUUGAAGCAUUUGGCUGGUAAUCAUGAUUGGUUUUAUCCAGGAAGUAAGAUCAUUAUUACCUCCAGAAACAAGAAAAUUCUUAAACAAAUUGGGGUGGACUACAUCUAUGACCAUAGGGAAAUGGAUGAUGUUCACUCUUUGAUUCUGUUUAGCAAACAUGCAUUUCGAAGGGACUCUCCUUCAAAGGAUUUUAAAGAUCUCACUCAUGAAGUUGUAUCCCUCACCGGAGGGCUUCCCUUAUCCCUUGAGGUUUUAGGUUCAUUAUUGUGUGGAGAAAAGCCGGAAUUCUGGAGAGGGACAAUAGACAAGUUAAAAAUAAUGCCUUGUAAGGAAGUGCAAGAAACGUUAAAGAUAAGUUAUGAAGCAUUAGACAAUGAACAAAAACAAAUAUUUUUGGAUAUUUCUUGCUUUUUCAUUGGCACUGACAGUAGAAUCGCAUCCUACAUGUGGGACGCCUGUUGCUUUUUCCCUAAGGAGGGAAUUGAAGUAUUGAGGUUCAUGUCAUUGAUAAAAAUUGGAGAUGAUCAUAAGCUUCAAAUGCAUGACCACUUGAGAGAUCUUGGUAGGACAAUUGUUCGCCAGGAAAACCCUCGGGAGCCUCAAAAGCAUAGCAGGUUAUGGGACCCUGAGGAAGCCUUGAAAGUGCUAAAGCGAAACAAGGGAACGGACAAGAUUGAGGCCAUUGAUCUAAUUAAAAGCGAAAUAGCCAAGCGAGAUGACAACAAUUACACAGCAGAACAAUUCAAAAAUUUGACGAGUCUAAGAUUCCUUUUCAUGGAAGGGGCACAUCUUAGUGGAGAUUUUGAGGACUCAAUGGAGGAGUUAAAAUGGCUUCAAUGGCAAGAAUGUCCCACGAGUUUUGAAGUAAACAAUUUUCACAUGCAGGAAUUAGCUGUACUCGAAUUGCAUGGAAGUGAGAUAAAUGAGAAAUGGGGAGGAUGGAGUUUUUUCAAGAUGGCAAAGAAGCUUAAAUAUCUAGACCUUUCAGGUUGUUGGUUUUUGGAAAAUACUGACUUCCUCUCAGCUUUUGAGAAGUUAGAGGUUCUCAUCCUCAUCUGGUGUACAAGACUGAAGCGAAUCGACGCUUCCACUGAAGACACGGAGGGCCUCCUUCACUUGGAGAUGGGCUCGUGAGCGCGCUCAUCUCGCAAGAGGCGCCGACGCAG